UCGUAAGGGUUUCAGGGAAUAUUUUCAAAUUAUAAAGGGAAAACUAUUAAAUCCUUUAUCUAUUUGCAGUUUUCUGCUGACAUUUGACUAUGCAUGUGUGUGAGUGUGACAGUUCUUUGCUUCCACUUUGUUGUUCUCUUCCGUGUUAUUCCUUAAUAUCUGAUUCCUUCGUUCUUGUUCUUCUUUUGUUCCGUUUUUUUUUUCUUUUUAUUUUACUAUGAAGGUUUUGAGGUUAAGUUUUUUCGCAUUAGAACAUGUUUCAAUAUGUCAGUGGCAGAUAUUUGCGUGUGUGUGUGUGUGUGAUUUUAUGUUCACCAUGAGCUCCCUCUAAGAGUAACCAUUUGCAAGUCAAGUGUAUUGCUGGAACAUAUAUUUAAUAAGGAUUUUCUUUUUUACUCCAACAAUUGUGAAGUAAAGUUAGAAAGUGUGGCAAAAACGAGACAAACCAUAGUUUCCAGCAUAAAUGACGCGGAAGUGACAAAAAUUAUAUCUAAAGGAAAUAAAAAUAUAUCCAAGCAAGUGGGCAACCAAAACGCACAAAACCAGCGAAAUAUUCAGCUGCAAAAAUUUAAUCUAAACCCAUAUCCCCUCUCUGGUUAAAACAAAUGAAAAAUAUCUCUACAACAUACAUAUGUUUAGUGCUGCCGUCAUUUUUUUGAGAAAUUGUGUAUUAAUCAACAAAGCAAUCCUAAAAUUUAAAGGGACAAGUGAAAACAAGAGAGCCCUCUCUAAAUUAUUAAUAAAACAAAUAAAGUUUAGUUAACCGAACGCAUAAAAAGGCAGAGUUUAAAUACCUGCCUACACUUAGCUGCGAAAGUUUUCCCUUUAAAGUGUACCUCCAUAACCAACAUACAUAUAUAUAUAUAUCAGUUACGCUGAGCGUGCUGGGUGUGGGUGUGUGUACUGAGUGCGUGUGUAAGUCGGUCCACGUGUCUAUGUGUUUGUGUAUGGCACACCAGUGAGUGCGUGUGUUCAUUUAAAGCGAAUCCUGUGUUUGUAGUCCCAGCAUUGCGUUCUAUCCCACAAACAUAACGAGAGGGCUUCUGCUCAACCCCACCCACCCCGAUUAACUACUGUGUGUGUGAGUUCGUGUCAUACUAAGUCAAACUCCAUUGCGUCCUUGCAAGUCUAACCAAACUUCCUAUUGAAAAGUUUAUUUUUGAAAUAAAAGCAAAAAAAUAAGGAAAACCAAAAAAUUAAAGAAAAAGUAAACACGAAACGAAGCAAGGAAUUCCAUUUUGCCUAGAAAACAAGAAAACACUCAAGCCACAUCAUCUCACUCUAUUAACUUCAGUGAUUUGUGUUUUUCUUUUGUUUUCGUUGGCCAAUGAGUUAGUGACGAUUUUGGCGCUUUAUUGUUGCUGUUAUUCUGAACGUUAACAGUGUUGUUUUUUGACCUGUCGCUGGCGCUUACUGUUGUCCCUCUAUCAGCAGCCUGACUCUUAUUGGCAUCAUUCGCAUUUCCACCUACACCGGGGGGUGACAUUACCCGUUUUUCUGUUUGCGAAACUGUCUGCGAAAAUUCUUUCAAAAUAUCUUCGUUCGAAGAAGAUUAUCGGGCUGAUCGGCCCAUGGUGCAACGUGCAUCAUCCUCAGAUGUACCUUCGGUAUCGGGUGGCCAUCGAGAAUCUCGAUUUGGCCUCGGUUAUUCAUCAUAUCAAAGUGGAUACAAUAAACUUUUCACACAGGGUUCUGCCGAUUCCAAUUACUCACAACCGUCAUCCGAUCUGUCGCUAGACGAGGAAAAGGAAUCGCUUCGGCGAGCUAAGGAAAGUCAGGCCCAAAGCCAGUUGGAUAAAGCGAGAAGUAAACCCGUUGCGUUCGCUGUGCGAACAAAUGUUGCCUAUGAUGCCAGCAUCGAUGAUGACUCACCCGUCCAGGGUGGUGCUGUCUCAUUUGACGUUAGGGAAUUUCUACACAUCAAGGAGAAGUAUGAUCACAACUGGUGGAUUGGUCGCCUGGUCAAAGAAGGCUGUGAUGUGGGAUUCAUACCCAGCCCCGUUAAGCUAGACCACAUACGACUGCAGAAUCAAAAUCGACCCUCAAGACUGUAUGGUACAAAAGGCUCAUCGAGUGGGAACCUAGGCGGUCAAGGUGCGGAGCCAUCACGAGGUAGCACACCCCCUACACCUGGUGAUGAAUCAGAUUCGGGACCAGGACGAAAGGCGACUCUAGCCACACCGCCCAACAAGGAGAAGCGCAAGCCAUUCUUCAAGAAACAGGAGACCGCCUCGCCCUACGAUGUCGUGCCAUCGAUGCGUCCCGUUGUCUUAGUGGGUCCAAGCUUAAAGGGUUACGAAGUAACCGACAUGAUGCAGAAAGCUUUAUUCGACUUCCUCAAGCACCGGUUCGAGGGUCGCAUCAUCAUCACCCGUGUCAUGGCCGACAUCUCCCUGGCCAAACGUUCCAUCAUGAACAAUCCUUCGAAGCGGGCGAUAAUGGAGCGAUCCAGCAGCCGAUCUGAUUGUCUGAGCAAAGUACAGGAGGAGAUAGAACGAAUAUUCGAAUUGGCCCGGACGUUACAAUUAGUAGUACUCGAUUGUGAUACAAUCAAUCAUCCGUCACAACUAGCAAAAACUUCAUUAGCACCAACUGUAGUUUAUCUUAAAAUUAGUAGUAGUAAGGUUUUACAGCGUUUAAUCAAAUCACGUGGUAAAUCACAGGCUAAAAAUCUUUCCGUACAAAUGGUAGCCGCUGAAAAACUGGCUCAAUGUCCACCGGAAAUGUUUGAUGUUAUCCUAGAUGAAAAUCAAUUAGAAGAUGCCUGUGAACACAUUGCUGAAUAUUUAGAGACCUAUUGGAGAGCUACACAUCCAGAUAUAACAGCAGCUCCUUCCAUACCUAGACCAAUACCUCAGGAAGCUUCACCUACCACAGAUCAGGCCCAUAUGGGUCCAACACCACCUGUUGAUGGAGGCGAGGAUGAGCGCGAUUAUCGCAUGGGCUCCAUUGAACGCGAGGGUAGUCGAGAGCGUGACAUUUCAAGUCGCGAACGGGAAAGGGACGAAGACUAUGAACGCGACUAUUGGGACAACGAGUUCUCAAAGGGUCGCCGUACACCACGCGAAAGGCAGCGCGAUCUUGAAUGGGAGCGCGAAAGAGCAAGAGAAUGGGAGAGAGAACGAGAAAGAGAUUGGGAUAGAGAAUUCGAUUGGGACCAAGGAGGUACUUCCUAUUCACACAAUCGUCGUCCAGCCUCUGGUGGGCAUCAUGAUCGCGGCUAUGAACGAGAUCGCAUGGAGCGGGAACGUGAACGAGAUCGUUAUGAACGAGAACGUGAGCGUGAGCGUCUGCAUGCGCGUGAACGUGAUCUCAUGCACUACGAUUUAAAUAAUGAGGAGCUUUUGGAUGAGCGCAGCUACGCUGCCGAUUACCCACCUCAUCGGGGUGCCGUGGGCGGCAGUGUCCAUGGGCAUUUGUCACGCGGCAGCCGGCUAAUGGAUGACAGUGACUUGAUGCACGAGAGGGAUGAAUUGCGUGGCGGACGUUACGCAAGUGGGGCCUCGGCCCGCAUCAUUGAUCCCAGGGACCUACCUCCGUCGGCGCCAACAACAAGACGCGGAGCACCCAUCGUUGAUCGCGAUGAAUACAGUCCGCACCGAGGCGGUGGGAGUAGUAGGAGAAUGCUGAAUGCCAUGUAGGAAUCGUGGAUAUAGGGGUGGGAUCAGAUCGAUAGUAAAGGCGCGACGAUGAUGGCCGGCAGUGCCACAACGUCCAGGGUUAGAGAGCACAAGGAAACUACAAAUAGUUCUAGUAAUAUCGAUCGCCAUUAUCAGCAACAUCAUCCGCAUCACGAACAUCAUUUGACACAAAAACAAUCACAACAAUCCUCGAAAUCACGAUUAUUGUCCUCCUCAAUAACUACCUCCUCCACAGGCUGCGACCAGGGCAGCAGUAGUAAUAGUAGUGGUAACAUGAGUAGUAGUGGUAGUAGACGUCCUAAAAUAAGUCAUGCACGUUUCUCCCAUAUCGAUCCCAUGUUGUCACCGACAUCACCACCAUCACCACUUCCAUUACAACGAUCACAACAACAACUGCCACCGCCAACACUGUCAUCAUUGUCUCCGUCGUCACAACUACCACCACCACCACCUACGGCAUCAUCUGUAUCAGAUGUGACACCCGGUAGCAAUGUCAUCAUGCAACAACCAUCACUACCACAAUCAUCCUCAUCAUCUCUUCUUCCCAUGCAGGAAAAGACGGAUAUAUUCCAUCUGCAUCACUCAUCCAACGAUCAAGUACAUUCCUCCUCCUCCGCCAGCAACAAUUGUAAUUCGGCCAAUCUCGCCAAUUCUUCGUCCUCACAUCACAUGAAAUCGCAACUGCAUCAACAUCAACAACAGCAACAACAACACCAGCAGCAGCAGCAACAGCAACAACAUUAUCAAAUGCUCAGAGGACGCCACAAAGAUGAUGACGGCAAGACAGACUAUGCCACCUCGUCCUUUACGAACAUGGACGACCUGACGAAUGCCAUACGCAAUAAAGUUAUCGUCGAAGAAGACGAAGAGGACAUACUGAGCAGUGAUAAUACGUAUUUGUAUUAAAGAGAUUUCAUGUCAUUCAAUUGCGAUAUUUCACAAUGAUCAACAUUGAAUUAUAUUUUUUUUGAAGAGCUUUAAGUUGAGAGUAUCCAAAAACACACAUACAUAGAUAUGUAAAAAGAAAACUAAAAUAAACUGAAAUGUGGCCAAUAGUCGAGAGCUUGAGGUCUGGAGAUGCACUAAGAAGGGGAAGAGAAAAUGUUAGAUGUUUACGUUGCUCAACCACAAAUAGGCUGACCCAUUUACCCACAUUUUUUAAUUGCAACCCAAACUAUAGAAUGUACAAUUAAAUCAUUCACAAAAAACUAUGACGAAAAUUAUUUCAAUUAAAAAUAAAAAUUUUUCAAUUAAAAAAUUAAUUGCAUCAAUCAUUUUUUUAUUGAAUCCGGAUUUUUUUCAAUUAAAAUCGUGAUUGACAUUUAGGAAAUUUUCAAUUAAAAAAUUAUUUGAUUAAUUUUUUUAAUUGAAUCUGCAUUUAUUUUCAAUCACAAUUGUGAUGGAAAUUUUUGUCAUUUUCUAUUAAAAAACUAUUUGAUUCAAUAUUUUUUAUUGAACUUUAAAAAAUGUUGUAUAUAAAUGUGAUUGACAAAGAAAAAAACCAUAAGGGUCUAAACUUCUAACUUUUUUUAUAACUUUUUUAAAUACAGUUGAUUUUAUAAGGAGAAAAUAUUGGGUUGUCCAAAAAGUAAUUGCGGAUUUUUCAUAUAGUCGGCGUUGACAAAUUUUUUCACAGCUUGUGACUCGGUAAUUGCAUUCUUUGUACUGUCAGUUAUCAGCUGUUACUUUUAGUUUGCUUUAGAAAAAAAGUGUAAAAAAGUAUAUUUGAUUAAAGUUCAUUCUAAGUUUUAUUAAAAAUGCAUUUACUUUCUUUUAAAAAAUACGCAAUUACUUUUUGGGCAACCCAAUAGCUUUUUUCAUUAAAUUGUCGAACGAAUCAAGUAACGAAGACAAAGCAAUUUUAGUAGUCUAGGUGCUACUCUUAUUUUUAUAAUUCGGAAACAAUAUUUUCCAUUACAUUUGAGUAGUAAUAAUGGAACCAAACAUAUACCUCAAAUUCGUCUUCCAGGAGAUCUACAUAUGUGAACCAUGCUGCAUCGAAAUUGAGGUUAAGCCCAAUGAAAAAACAAAUUAGUUAUUUCGGAAAUUUCAAUCAUUUUUUAAUUGGAUCAAUUAAAAAUAAAUAUUGAAAAGUUUACAAAAUUUCAAUAUAUUUUUUAAAUUGAAUAUGCAAAUUGUUUAAUUGAAAAUUCGUUCAAUUCUCAUUUUCAAAAACUGUGAUUGAUAUUAUCAUUUUCGUAAUUGAAGCAGUUUCAAGUAAAAAAUUAAUUGGAUCAAUUAAUUUCGUAAUGGAACCCGAUUUUCAUUUGUUUCUAUUUACUUUACUGCUUCAUUCUAACAAUUAGUACCUUAUUUUUACCAUUUCCAUUAGCAAACUUCUAAGCUAGAUUUCAAUGAGUUAGUUUGUGAUUUGGUCAAGACAAAUCUAAGUCAUAUGACAAUUUUCGUACUGGCAAUAAAAACAAUAAAUAAAGUACUUAUUUGGGUACUAUUAGUAAAAUUGGUAUCCAAAUUGAUACAAAGUAUUGUACCAAUUAGAUUUCCAGUACCAAUAUUGAAAUAUGAUGUGUGAUAUGACAACUCAUCUGCAUGAAAUAGGCUACCAUUCUACCAAAGGUGAUAUGAGAAUACCUUCUUUCCUGGACCUUAAGAAAGGAGCAAAAAAUUAUUUUGUACCGUAUAUUGUUGCAAAUUCACGAUUACAUGUAACUUUAUCCAUGAUUUUAUGUAUAAUAAACCCAGAUUUUCCAUAAACAUAGUUUUGUUGCCAAACAAUAUUAUUUCACUUAUGUUGCAGUUGAGGUUUAGAAGUGUGAGCGCUUAAUAAAAACAGCAACUAGACUUCUUCAUCAAUUUGAUGAUACUGGAAGCCGAGUCUUCGUAGAAUUUCUAUCCUUCUAUGUGGCUUUUAUGAGGCCAUGUCUUUAAAUCGAGAGAUCGUUCUAUAUGGCAUCUAUAUCCAAAUCUGAACCGCUCGAGACAAAUUGAAGGAUGGGAUGUCGAAGGGCCUAACACAAUGUCCUUUAAAAAAUCUUACAAGGUUCUAUUGAGUUUUUUUACUUUUGUAUUAAAUUAUAUAUUGUUAAGUAAAAAAGUUAAACUGCAAAAUCAAGUUGUGUUUAUUUUGAAAUUUUACUCGACUGGUAGGGAAUUUGGUAGGUCGGAAAACUUUUUUUUAUAGUGCCAACGCUGCUAUUAAAUAAGAGAUCAUGAGUACAUAUCUCCGCAGAGGCAUCUAAGUUGUAACGUUUUUUUUUUUGUUUUGCUUAUGAAUAAUAUUGUUGUUGUUACUUGAUGUUGGCAUACAAAGCCAGUGCCUUUCAAUAAAAAAUGUUUACUUUAGGUCGUUGCGAUUCAAAAUAGAUUGUUGCAGGAAAAUUAACAAAUUUUCUCGUUGUUUUUUUGACCAAAGUUGUUAUCUUUCAACAUAGUUUUUAAUCUGUGCAGGAUUUCUGGAAUUAAAAUGUAAAUUACAAUAAAAACUAGUCGCUAAUCGAACUGAAUCGCUUAUUUCUUUUUGUGAGAAAGUCAAUAUGUUGAACGAAAAGAUACAAAAACAGCACGCGGAAUGAAUUGAGCAAGUGAAACAGUUGAAUUAAAAGGGUUGCUCACUUGCAUUCAGAAUAUAACAGUAAUUUCAACAAGCGAUAACUUACUGGCAAUGUAAACCUUGCAUAGCAUUAUCUCUCCCUCUCUCUUGCUCCGCAUCUCCUGCUCUCUUGAUCCUUAGACUGGUGUGUCAUCGGAGAAAGACCAAAGGUUAUCAUAAACUAUUAACCAUGUGAAAACAAUCAUUACUCAAACAUCUCAUACAUUUAAGAUGAGAGCGAAAGUUUUUUGUUUUUGUUUAUUUUGGUAAAAAUUUAAAGCAUUUUUAAAGUGCCAAAACUACUAAUUCAGCAUUAUAAUUUGUCUCUCAGUUGUCGUAUCUACUAAUUAUUCUCUUGUUGCAAUCAAACGAUAAAAAACAAACAAAGAAACAAAAAAACAAAAAAAAACACACAAAAACAAAUCUCAUAUAAAAAAAUUAGAGGAAAAAUAAAACAAAUUUCGGUUUCUGUUGAAUAGAAGAACAUUUUGUACAUUUUAUGAUUAACAAAUGCUGCAAAAAAAAUUUUUAAUUUUUGGAACUCGAAGAACAAUAUCCAUUCGUCGUUAUUCGAAAAAGAGAAAAUAUUGAGAAAAAGAGAAAAUCGCUAAGAAGCCUAAUGUGUCUUAAAUUUUAGCUAAAUAUAUUGAAAAUAAACUAAAGAAUAACUUAAUAGCAGAACAUAUACUUUAAAUUGUAAAAAUAUGAAAAAAAAAAUAUAAACUAAAAUUUUUUUUAUUUUUAAUGACAAUUUAACAAUUUUCAUGUUAAAAGUCAAAUUUGUAAAAAUCGUAAAAAAAGAACACAAAACCAAACUCAAAAAAUUUAGCAAACAAUUGUGUACUGAAUAAGUGUCAGCUUUAAUAAUUUAAUAAUAGACAAAUAUGGAAAAAACAAAAAAAAUGAUAAAAACAAAACUUUGCAACAACAGUUUAAAACCAACAGAAAAACCAAGCAACUAAAACCUAUGUUUGAAUCCUCUAUGCAACAUAAACAAAAACUAUUCUUGUAUUUUUAAGAAAUCCUUUCUAGUCUCACCCUCUCUCUCUCUCUCUUUCUAUAUAUUUCGAUUACAGCAACUCUAUAUUUGAAAAUAAAAAGAAUAUCUCAAACAACAACUGAAAAGAUUUACUUGUUGUAUAUAACUGAUAAAGAAAAUUACUAUUUUUUUAAAUCAUAAAAAAAUCCUUUUUUUCUUUUGUUAGUAAGGAACGGAGAAAAAAAAAACAAAAAAUAAUUUUACCAAAGAACCAGAAUGUAACUCAAAAUGCACAAUGUAUUUAAGGCAUACAAAACAAAUAACAAAAACCUAAUGAUAUAUAUAUAUAUAUAUAUAGAAACAACAACUGAUUUUUUAUAUUUCUUUACAAACAAUAAUUAAUUUCAUGAAAUCUCUUUAAUAGUUUUUAAUUACAAUUCAUUUUAACAUUUGUUUUUAGAUUUUAUAGAAUUUGUUAUAAAUUUAUAGGUUAAAAAGAAAAAUUGCUAUGGUGGGAUGUUUUUUUUUUUAAUUGGGUGGCUGAUUGUUGUUGUGGCAUUUUCGAAUUCAUUUAAAACCAGACCAGAGAACAUAUUAUAGAUCAUCUCAUAGAUGUCGCUAUAUAAACAAUAAACAAUUUUUUAUUUGAAAAACUUUGAUAUUACUUGGAAUCAUUUCAAAGAUGUUGCCAUAUCAACAAAUAAUCAAUUUUUUUAUUUGAAAAUCACUGAUGUAACUAUAACAAUUUUUUUAUAUUGUCUAAUCUUUUUUCUUCUAUUCAUAUAUUAGAGUUUUCCUGCGGCUUGAUUUUUGAUUUUUAUACCCUACACCAUUGAUAAGUAUACCGAUCGACUCAGCAUCACUUUCUGAUUCGAUUUAGCUAUGUCCGUCUGUCCGUCUGUCCACGUUAAUUUGUGUACAAGUUACAGGUCGUAGUUUUCAUCCGAUCGUCUUCAAAUUUGGUACAGGCAUGUUUUUCGGCCUAGAGACGAAGCCUUUUGAAAUUGGAAAAAACCGGUUCAGAUCUGGAUAUAGCUCCCAUAUACAUGUUCGUCCGAUUUGCAGUAAUAAUGCUAUAAAAUGGUCAUUUGCUAUCCGAUUCUCUCGAAAUUUGACUCCCAACAUUACAAGUGAAUUUCAUUAAAAUCGGUUCGGAUUUAGAUAUAGCCCCCAUAUAUAUGUUCGUCCGAUUUUCACUCCUAGAGCCACUGCAAGCACGUUUAUUGACCAAUCUUGCCAAAAUAUUGCACAAUGCUUUCCUCGAUGAUUACCACAAUACACAUAGAGUUUGGUCAAAGUCGGUUCAGAUUUAGAUAUAGCUCCCAUAUAUAUGUUCGUCCGAUUUCCAGUAAUAUUGCAAUAAAACGGUCUUUUGUUAACCGGUUUUCUCGAAAUUCGGCAGGAGGGAUUUUCUCGUAACUCUCAAUAUUACUGGUGAAUUUCAUGGAAAUCGGUUCAGAUUUAGAUAUAGCUCUCAUGUAUAUAUAUUGCCCGAUUUUAACUGCUAAAGUCACAGCAAGAGCAUUUAUUGAUCCAUCUUGCCAAAAUUUUGCAAAACGCUAUCCCCGAUGACUGCCACACUAUCUGAGGAGUUUGCUCGAAAUCGGUUCAGAUUUAGAUAUAGCUCUCAAGUAUAUAUAUCGCCCGAUUUUAACUGCUAGAGUCACAGCAAGCGCAUUUAUUGAUCCAUCUUGCCAAAAUUUUGCAAAACGCUUUCCUCGACGACUGUCACACUAUCUAAGGAGUUUGCUCGAAAUCUGUUUAGAUUUAGAUAUAGCUCUCAUAUAUAUGUUCGUCCGAUUUUGAGAAAUAUUGCAAAAAAGUGAACAUUUUUUAUCCGAUUCUGUAGAAAUUUUGCAGGAAGGAUUUUCUUAUGCCUCUCGAUAUUACUGUCGAAUUUCACAGAAAUCAGUUCAGAUUUAGAUAUAGCUGUCAUAUAUGUAUAUGGCCAGAUUUUCAACCCAAGAGCCACUGCAAGCACAUUUAUUGACCAAUCUUGGCAACAUUUUGCACAACACUUUCCUCGACGACUACCACAUUAUCUGAGAAGUUUGCUCGGAAUCCGUUCAGAAUUAGAUAUAGCUUCCAUAUAUACGUUCGUCAGAUUUUGGGUAAUUUGCCAUAAAGUUGUAAUUUUUCAACAGUAGUUGUUUGAACAUAUUUGCUCGCCGAGGUCCAUCAAAAUUGGUUCAGAAUUGUAUAUAGGUCCCACAUUAUACUUAUAGGGUAGGUGUUGGGUAUUAUAUAGUCGGCACCGCCCGACUUUUGCCCUUCCUUGCUGGUUUAAAAAGGCGUUUGUUUGACCGCAAGUGUUACACAUUGGGUACCUGCUUCGGCUUUGCUGUAUUUCUAAACUCCGAGGAAGCUCAGUUGCUAACGAAGUUAGAUGAGGCUGGUUCGGUUUCCACCAGAGACUUUGGUCUCCUUGAUUUUUAUUUGAACCAUUGAGUAGAGCGGACGUUUUGUUAUUUCACUCUGGAAGUAUUUUCCUGUAACUCGUAAUAGGUCAUUAUUUUUAGAAGAAAAAUUCAAGUCACUCAAGGAUAGUUGCGGUUGAUGAUCUGCGUCUGUUUCCAGUGGAGCGACAGAUCUAGAGCCCGGGAGUAGGCUUAGAUUGGAUUCCAAAGACCCAACAGUUGCGAUGGUGGUAUCAGGCCGUAACAUGUUGUCUUGUGUCUUGUGUUAGGCCCUUCGACAUGCUUUUUUCUAUUUGGCCCAGAUCGGUCCAGAUUUGAAUAUAGCUGCCAUAUGGACCGAUCUGUCGAUUUAAGGUUUUGGGCCCAUAAAAGGCGCAUUUAUUGUCCGAUGUAGCCAAAAUUUGGGACAGUGAUAUCUCUAUUUGAAAUCUUGGCCCCAUAAAGGCGCAUUUAUAAUCCCAUUUCACUGAAAGUUGACACAGUGACUUAUGAUAGGCUUUUUGACAUCCAUGUCGUAUAUGGUUCAGAUCGGUCUAUAUUUGGAAUUGAACAUUGACUAGUUAUUAGACCUCUCAAUAUCCGUGUCAAAUUUGGUCCAAAUCGGACUAUAUUUCGAUAUAACUACUUUGGGGGCAUAAACUAAGCAUUUUUCACCGGAUAAUGAUGAAAGGUGGUUUACAUAUUGUAUACCCGAUGGGGUGGGUAUCCAAAGUUCGGCCCGGCCGAACCUAACGCCUUUUUACUUUUUUGGCUUGAUUUACGACUUUUUUGAUGUUUGUGUUAUUCGUUGGAAAUGUAUGUCCAGAGUUUUCGACAGGCUAUCUCUGAUAAUUAUUUAUAAGAUCGGAGUUCAAUUGCAAACGGAAUGACAAAAUCAAUAUACAACUACAAACGACCGAUCAAACCUGCAGAUUGUAAAGUCCAUACUGAAUAUAUUUACUAAAUGGGGCCGGCAAUCAAUAUGUCAUAGAUUCAAAUUGGUGGGUAACAAAUGGAGUACCUCUGAUUGAAUAGAAGUCCUUUGCCUAAAAUAUUAAAAUCGAAAUCAAGCCGCAAUUUAUAUAUCCAUAAAUCCUUAAUGAAGGAUUAUACAUAGUUUUUUAAAUGUUUUAGUUUGUUUUUUUUUUGCCUCUUUUAAAGAUUCCAAGCAACAUUUACCCAUAGGAUGCAAUACAUUUUUUUCACUAGUUUCAUUAUGUCAUUAACAUCUGCGCAAAACAAAAUCGCCAAGAAAAAUCCCACCCACUCCUAUGAAAAAAUGAUUUGCAAAUUUUUGUAGAAUAUUUGAAUUUGAGAUUGAUUGAUCUGAUUCUAUCCUGGCAAGCAGUCUUUUACAAUUCCAAUCGCCGUUACUUGCUAAAUUGUGGCAAUAUAUUGAACAUGUUAUUGUGAACUGAAUUCAAAGUGAUCAAACCAAAUGGGAUGCAAUCUUUGGGUAUUUUGCUAAUAUCACACCCCUAUAUCAUUUGCCGCUUAACAAAAAAAAAAAAAAAAUAAUUGUGUAUAUAAGUGACUACAACAAAUUACAAUUGUUAAAUGCUUUUUUAAUUUAUAUUUCUAAGCUUUCGUACGAAGGAAAUUAUGUAUUUUAGUUUGGAGUUAAAAAAUUGUUAUAUAUAAUUAAAGAUAUUUGUUUUGUGUUUGUAAAAAUUUUCAAUUUUGAAAAGACUUGAACCUUGGACAAUUAAUUUCCAGGGUUAUUUGUUUUUUUUAUGAAAUGCACAGAAAACAUAUGUGAAUAGUAGCCAUUCCGAUAAAAAAAAAAUAAUUUAGUAUUAAAUUGAAAUAUUUUCAGAAUUUCUGAUGCUAUAUGAAUUGCGCUCACAUUGUGUGUUCCACGCUUUGAAUAGUCUGUUUGAAUAAUUCUAAUAUUCCAAUCAAAAUUUAUGAUACAAUUCUGUAGAAAAAUCUUUAGGUAAGGUUGAAAAGAGGGUGCAGAUAUUAAUCCGCCCAUGCCACUAUAGACAUACACCUAUGCCAGUAAUCGGCUUGUGGUGCCCUCUAAAAAACUAUAAAGUAACCCGUAAAAGAAAAUUUUAGGUAGGAAUUCCGUGCUACUUACAAAAUCCUUAAUUGUUUUCAAUACCACUCCCCUAAAUUGGUUUAUGUCUGGUAUUGUGUCUCCACCUAGGUGCCAAUAUCUGUUGGACGCGAAAGCCGGGCAAUGACAAAGGAAAUGCUCCAACGUCUCAUCAUCUUCCCCGCAUGCCCCACACAUGGUAUCACUUACCGCAUUGAUUUUACAUAAGUGAGCUCGUAGUCCUAUGUUUCCCGUUAUGAUACCAAUAGCUAUACUGACCUCCUUCUUGCUUCCUUUCAGUAAUACCCUCAUCUUCUCACGAUCUGGUUCCCCCCAUAGGAUUUUCGCCGUCCUACCGACCGUUUCGCUGUUCCACAAGGUUACAUGCACAAUCGCCGUCCACUCCCUUAACUCGGACUGCGUCUACCCGAAAGGCUUCGGGUUAACCAAGUUUAUUGACGGCAGUUCUUUGGCCUUCACCGCCAAAUCAUCUGCCCUUUCAUUUCCCCUUACCCCGUUAUGGCCCGGCACCCAAAUGAUACGGAUUUUGCCAUCCUCAGAGAAGGCGUUAAUCUCCUUCUUCCACUACAAGACUGUUCGUGACCUUACCGUCCUGGUUGUUAUUGCCCAUAUGGCCAUUUUACUCUCCGCAAAGAUGUUCACACUCAACGUCCUCGCGUUAGCACCACACCACCUCAAGCAUUCCGAGAUCGCCCAGAUCUCCGCCUGCAGGACCGUAUUAUGGUCUGGCUGUCUAAAACAGAUCACAGUCCCUGGGUUUUCAAUGUAGACCCCCAGGCCCACUCUGUCCUGAUUUUCCAGAUUGCAAUACUAGGGUUCCGUCAAUCCAAGACUGUGCCGAUGACAGCAGUGCGUCGCACUCGACUUCAAGGUUAAUCUCAGUUAUCCGAUCGGAAACCUCUCCCCUUCCCUCCAGGUUUCCUAUCGUCGCCUCAAUUAUACCGCGAUGAGUUGCUCCCAUCCUCAAUCCAUUCUCCCAUCGCUUCGGUCUCAUAGCCGUAGUGGCUGCCUAACACGUAAUAUGUAUUUCAAUGGGUCGGAUAUCUACAAUUGUCUCCAGUGCCCUAGUGGGUAUGGUCCUCAUCGCUCCGCCUAUGCCAAGACAACAUGUUCUCUGAACCUGUAGUAUGGUCCUUAUGUUGCACUUUUUCUCCAUAGCAGACCACGAAACUACUGAAGCGUAAGUAAGUAUUGGUCUAAUCACGCUCCUGUAGAGCCAGUGGACUAUCCUAGGAUUCAGGCCCCAUUUCGAGCCUACGGCCCGUCUACAUAGUGCCCAACAUCUGUGAGCCUUCACAGUACGCUCCAGAAUGUGACACUUCCAAUUCAAUUUCCUGUCCAAGGUUACACCUAAGUAUUUGACCUUGUCAGAUAUCGAAAUCCUAAUAUUGAGCAAACGUGGUGCGUUAAAUUGGCCCACCUUCGUCUUCCUCGUGAAACGGCAUAUUUCAGUCUUCUCUGGGUUGACAUUGAGACCUCUGGGUCUAGCCCAGUCAUAUGCAAGACCCUUUCGGCCCUUCUGCAUAGCCCGUUCGGAUCCUAACCCUUACAAGUAUUAUAACAUCGUGUGAGCAGACGGAUUCAAAUCCCCUCUCAGUCAGCAUCAAUAAUAGGUCAUUUAUUAUGGUCAACCAUAGGAGUGCCGAUAAAAUGCCCCCCUGUGGCGUGCCAUGUACCACUUUCUCCCUUAUAUUUAUGCCAUGGGAAACACAAUAUAUCCACCUGUUCCUUAGCAUAUGGUUUAUCCAGUCUCUUAGGACCGGGUCCACCCGGUACUGGUCUAAGGACUGGAUCAGAGUGUCGGUCCGCACAUUGUUGAAUGCCCCCUCGAUAUCUUAAAGUGUAAUAAAAAAGUUUAAAGUUGUUAAAACAUUUUUAAGCUAAAACUUAGGUAAAGAUGCUCCAUGAAAUCAAUAUCCCCAUAGGUCAUUCAAGGAAACGUAGAAGUUAUUUCUUUCUUACUUUCAUUGACCGCUGGCUGCAAUUGUCGUCAGGUUAUAAAAACGAAUAACUUCGAAUUAGCCUUCUAGUUCCUGUCGCCGAUCCCACCAAGUCGCCUUAGAAAUUCUAAUAAUUUGUGAUUAUUGUCAUCUUUUAAUUCCGACAAGUCUCGAGAAAACCGUAUCGCGGAUGUUCUUUAGUUACCUCUUUCCGUUUAGCCACGACAAAUAUACGAUAGACAAACUCUAGAUACACCAUAAUUUGGGUCUCAUCUUGAAACAGCUAACUAUGAACUGUUGUCAACUGUACCGAGUAAACUCCCACCCUUUGUCACACCGGGAGAUUAAUUCAACCUCGGGACAGCUUUCGCACUACUUCAAGGAGGAUCCCAUAUCUUGUGACUAUCUAUAUCAUCUUCAUUGUGUCUGCGUCCAGACCUUCGCAUACCCAACUCAGCUGAAUCCAUCUAGCCAUCGCCAUCCCGUUCUUUUCGUUCUCCAUCAUUCUCUGGACUAUCGUUUCAGGCGUAAAGUCGAAUAUUACUGUAUCUAGAGCGUUUGAAGUGACUGAAUAUGUUCUCUAUAUAGUUUCCAACUUCCAGUUUUUCAUGAAUGCACUUGCUAGAAGAGCAUUUGCCCAUUCAACAUUGGUAUUUUCGGAAGUAACUAUGGCCUGUCAACAUCUGUGUGACUUAAUAGUUGACAUCGCACAGUGGGAUACAAUAUAAAAGUACUAAAAAGAAUACUGUCAUAUAAAAAUGGGUGCAAAUAUAACUCUUUGAAGUUCAAAGGUUAGAGCUGAGGUGGUAACAAGAUCAUAUACAAAGGCGUUGUGAGUAUUUUCAUCAAUUCAAAUUAUGCGUCAAAAAAAAUAUCGAGACACACGUAAAUUGUAAAAUACGAAGCCAAUCUCGGCCAAAAUUUUAAACUUCUUUGCUGUGGUAAUCUUUGCAUAGAAAGCCUUGGAUGAAAUGGUCUAUAGCCGGACAAUAUUCCGCAAUGGAAUCUAAAAAAAAUCACAAAAAAAAAUAAAAUUUAAAGUCAAAUAUCUCCGAAACCAGAAGAUAUAUUUUGGACCUCAGGCAGAUUGGAACACAAGUAAAUAUUUGGUAUCCUGAACAAUUUUUUGAAAUGUACCAACUUGAGGUACCUGGGACACCAUCUUGACAUUUUAUAAAUGAUCUUUUUAACAUUUUCUAUCUAACCAUUCAAAAGGGUUACCUCUAUCCGUUCUCAAAUGACAGAUUUUUUUUACUAUUUUUAUACCCACCACCGAAGGAUGGGGUAUAUAUUUAUUUUGUCAUUCCGUUUGCAACGCAUCGAAAUAUUAAUUUCCGACCCUAUAAAGUAUAUAUAUAUUCUUGAUCAGCGUAAAAAUCAAAGACGAUCUACACAUGUCCGUCCGUCUGUCCGUCAGUCUGCCUGUUGAAAUCACGCUACAGUCUUUCAAAAUAGAGAUAUUGAGCUGAAACUUUGCACAUAUUCUUUUUUUUUGUCCAUAAGCAGGUUAAGUUCGAAUAUGGGCUAUAUCGGACUAUAUCUUGAUAUAGCCCCCAUAUAGACCGAUCCGCAGCCUUAGGGUCUUAGGCCCAUAAAAGCCACAUUUACUAUACGAUUUUGAUGAAAUUUGGGACAGUGAGUUCUGUUUGUUAGGCCCAUCGACAUCUUUGGCCCAGAUGGGUCCAGAUUUGGAUAGAGCUGCCAUAUAGACCGAUCUCUCGAUUUAAGGUUUUGGUUCCAUAAAAGGCGCAUUUAGUGUCCGAUUUUGCGAUAAUUUGGGACAGUGAUUUGUUUUAGGCCCUUCGACAUCCUUCUUCAAUUUGGCUCAGAUCGGUUCAGAUUUGUAUAUAGCCACCAUAUAGACCGAUCUUUCGAUUUUAGGUUUUGCCCCCAUAAAAGGCGAAUUUAUUGUCCGAUGUCACGGAAAUUUGGGACAGUGAGAUAAUUUAAGACCCUCGAUAUAUUUUUGGAUUCUGGCCCAGAUCAAUAAAGAUUUGGAUAUAGCUGCCAUAUAGACCGAUCUUUCGAUUUAAGCUUUUGGGCCCAUAAAAGGCGCAUUUAUUGUCCGAUGUCGCCGAAAUUUGGGACAGUGUGUUAUGUUAGGCUCUUCGACAUUUUUCUGCAACUUGGCCCAAAUCGGUCCAGAUUUAGAUAUAGCUGCCAUAUAGACCGAUAUGUCAAUUUAAAGUCUUGGCCCCAUAAAAGGUGUAUUUAUAAUCCGAUUUCACUGAAAUUUGACACACUGACUUAUGUUAGGCUUUUCGACAUACAUGUAUAUGGUAUAGAUCGGUUUAUUUUUAGAUAUAGCUACUAAAAAGACCAAUAUUUGGUUAUACACAAUUGAACCUUGUACUUAUUAAUAUUUGGUCCAAAUCGCAACAUAUUUACAUAUAGCUGCUAUGGGGCAUACGGUAUGCAUUUUUCACCGGAUUUUAACUAAAGGUGGUUUACAUAUAUACCCGAGGUUUUUCAAUUUUUCUUUCGGGAUGAGCCUAAUUAUCAAAGAUAAGAUGUUUAAUUAGACUAUUCUGCAAAUUGUGAAGUUUAUAAAAAAAAUCAUAAACUUAUAUAUUGUAAAAUCGGAGUGGCCUCUUCACAUUAUUCUGUAUUGUUAAGUAUUUGGUCAUGAAUAAAUUAGGAAGACAAUUUUAAAAAUUUAAAAACAAUUCGAAA